AUGGUCGCGGUGGCAAUUAAAAAGGAUAAACGCGCAUGGGUCCAGUUAAAAACUGCACUGCUUUUGCAUCUUAUGUUUACGUUACCGCAGGCGACGAAAGCGCAAAGCCGGGCGCCACGCAUAAAAGAACACCCUGCGGACACGGUGGUCGGCAGAAGCGAACCCGCUACCCUCCGUUGUGUGGCCGAGGGUAAGCCGAAACCUACGAUCCAAUGGUACAAAGACGGGAUUCCCCUCACGGCCACUGAUCACCCGCACAGAGUGUUGCUUGAAGAUGGACUGCUGUUUCUCAGGGUCAUGCGAGGGAAGAAGGAGACGGACGAGGGCGUGUACUGGUGCGUCGCACGUAACUCUGUCGGGGAAGCGGUUAGCAAGAACGCGACUCUCAUUAUAGCGGUCCUACGCGACGAAUUUAGAAACGAACCUCGUGAUGUCAAAGUAGCAAGUGGAGAAUCAGCUCUGCUGGAAUGUUCAUCCCCAAGAGGUAAUCCUGAUCCAUCAGUUCACUGGACGAAAGACGGACAAACAUUGGACGUCGAAGUUAAUGGACGAAUAACAAUCGUGGACGGGGGAAAUUUGAACAUAUUGGAGAGUCUACCUUCGGAUAGCGGCGUGUACCGAUGUGUAGCUUCUAACGUUGCAGGGGAAAGACAAUCGCACCCUGCCACCUUACUCGUGUUACGGCGACCACAUUUCAUCGUGAAACCCAAUAACGUGACUGCGCUCAUUGGACAGAAUGUGGAGUUUCACUGUCAAGUAUCGCCGGACUCGGACGUAUCGGUGACGUGGUCUCGUGACAAAGGUGCCCUGUCUCCAUACGCAAUAAUCCGCCGUGGCUCGUUACGGAUUGACAGAGUUGUGACUACCGAUGCCGGGUCAUAUACAUGUCGCGCUGAAACUCAGGCCGGAACUAGCAGCGCUAGUGCUGUCCUCUCAGUUAAUUCAUUGCCCCAUUUUACACGGGUCCCAUCAGACCAGACUGCUUGGGAGGGAGAAUCAGUAUCGUUUCCUUGUGAAGCGGAAGGUGUGCCUAAGCCUGUUGUGUUCUGGACAAUGGAAGGGUCUCAGGAAUUGAUAUUUCCGAAUUCGUUGCACAGUAGUGGAUCGUUAUAUCUGGAUCGAGUAUUCGCGCAACAUGCUGGUAGACUGACAUGCGUGGCAGUGAGUGCAGCGGGGAGCGCAUUACACACGGCCACACUACAGGUACUUAGAAGAGAAGCGAAUUCGUUCAACGGGAACUUGGAAUCGUCGUCACCUUAUCCGGAAAUCAAUAAGCCGCAAAAUCAUCCGCCGAUGACACAGUACGAAUUGGUACAAGCGCGUCGAUAUUUACAACAAGAUGUUCUUGUUCUGCGCAGAGUGGAGGGAAUGUCCGCCACGACGCUAAAAAUAGUUUGGGAUGUAAUGACGGAUUAUAAUGAAUAUCUGGAAGGCGUGAAAAUAUGGUUCAAUGGAUCAUCGAUUAAUAGAAAAUUCGCAGUUGAAGUACAAAAUGUUCAGCAGUUGAACGAAACUGUUGAUAGUUUAACGGAACUUUCGAAAUUUGAUAACUUUACUAUGACCACUGUACAUAAUAGUGGUUCAUCAAGCCAUAUUUUAACUGGAUUAAUGCCUUACGCGCAAUACAACGUAUUCUUGAUGCCUUUUUAUAAACUGUUACUGGGUAAACCGUCCAAUAUGAAGUCUGGUUUCACUGAAGAAGACAUACCGUCAGCACCACCGCAAAGUGUUACUGCGGCAGUAAUAAAUUCCACAUCGGCUUGGAUCCGAUGGGAUCCGCCACCUGUACAUCACUGGAAUGGAGAACUUUCUGGAUACUUGAUUGAGGUACGAGUAGGAGGGAGUAACAACGGCCGAGUGGUUGGCCAGAUGUCGUUAGGUGCUCGCACCCGCGCGGCUACGGCCAGUUCCCUGAGAGCUGGUGGACGGUACAGCGCUCGCGCCGCUGCCGUCACACGCAAAGGGCACGGACCCUUCAGUACACCAGCACUCAUACAUAUGCUGCCUACGCAAUCCCAGAGGCAUUACGUCCAAACCGAGCCUGCCAGAGAUAAAGCAUUGCUAACGAUAUUUCACGAGUCCUGGCUAUUAGCAAUGAGUGUGCUUUUGUUGGCGUUGGUGCUCAUUGGCGCGGGGAUAAUAUUUUAUAUUCGUAGGAGACAACUGAAGCAAAGGAAAAACCAGAGUACUGUUGGGACUCCAAUUGCUAAUGCGCAGCAAUGUUUAUUGGGUAAAGAAGCAGUCUGGCUGCGGGAAAGACCAGUGUUUGAAGGGUCCAACGAACCGCGGAUUGAAAUCUUGAAUUGCCACCAAAGUCUUGUACAUGGUGGACACACAAUAGGCACAAUGGCCAUGGAAGCCGAAUAUAGUUUACCACAACACACAAGUAAUUUAAAUAACAGUAACCACGAAGAUCGGCGAACUAUAGCUCCAGAGCCUUACGCGUCUAGUGCAAUUUAUACUGAAUUAACUUAUCAGUUACAGGAUCACACAGACGCAGAAGAUUCGUGCAUAAAGUGCGCAGUCAGCCCAGGUUCUUAUGAUAACAGUAUGGUUAGGUCGUUCGGUGAUAGUAACCAGUACUCUAACGAGGAGUGUUCCACGUGUUGUCGCAGCAGCAGUUCGACUUUGACAAAGGACUACAGUGAAAUGACUAAGUGUGGGAACGACGUCGACGAAAUACAAGACAUCCCAGUGGACGAGUGUCCGUCGUGCAAGACAAAUCAGCCGCGGCCGUCAAGUCAGCAUGACGGUCACAAAGAAUGGGCGACCGUCGCGGAGGUAGAAUACGAUUAUCCACAAUGGCAUUGGUUGGGGCGAGAGAAUACUUUUAGGCAAGUCGGUUCGAGUUCCCGGCAUUCGACGCAAGGCGGGCGGGCUGAUCAAAAUUGUCGAAUGAACUUAUGCGAUAUUCUUCCCCCACCGCCAUAUGAAAGAGAAUCUCCGUAUGGAGACUUGAACACGUUCGUCAGUAAUUCCGGGGCGUCGGGAUUCUCCGGACAUUCGUACCGGAGU